AUGGCAACUACUGACAUUGAUACAUCACCUCGAGUUACUGAAGUACUGGGAAGUGCAAGUGACUUGCCACCAGGAAUGAGAAAGAUAUUUCGUGUAAAAGAUAUGCCAAUUUUGGUUAUUAACGAUAAUGGAACCUAUUAUGCUAUUACCGCCGUCUGUUCAUAUUUUGAUCCUCUAGAACCAGAUAAGUUCUUUCAACAAUUGAAAGUUUUAGGUGUAUACUACGAUGGCAGAAUUCGCUGUCGACUUCACGGGGGGUGCUAUAACAUGAGGACCGGCGAACUUGAAGAUUAUCCGGCACUUGACGGCUUGCAGACGUACGAUGUAAGUUAA